GGGUUUCAUUAAAAAAUUCUAACAUCUAUGGAACAGGAAACAUAAACAAAUGUCUUUAAAAUAUAUUGUAAUAUGUUGCCUACUUCAGCAGGUAUUAUCGCAGGAAUUGAACGAUAACUGUAAAUUUGGUCCAGACGAAUUGGAGCGUUCGGCAGUACAUGAUCUUCAUACGGCAAAAGAGAAAUGCGAUGAAGAAUUCGGGCAAUGUUUUAGUGAAGACAACGAUAAUGCCGAAAAUGGAAAAUGUAGUGAAGAACAUAAUAACUGUAUAGAUAUGAUAUUACAUGAAUAUGAAGAUUCCAUUAAAGAUUCCGAAUAUUCCAUGAAACUUUUUUCUGAAUCUCUUAGUAAUAUAGAUGGUAGUUGCAAUGCAUUAUGUAAAUAUGACUUAGUUUUUACGAAUUUGGUUGAGGAAGGUGUUCUCUGCGGAUUAUAUCGUUCCUAAAAAUAUUAAUUAAAAAAUCAUAAAAAUAUACA